AAAGAAUUCCCCCCGCUUUGGGGCGGGAGUCUACCCGGAUCGCGGAUCGCGCCGCGCCAGCCGGCUAGUUUGCCGGCACCUGCGUCCCAGCCGUGCCCGCGACCAUGGCCACCGACUCGUGGGCCCUGGCGGUGGACGAGCAGGAAGCGGCAGCCGAGUCGUUGAGCAACUUGCAUCUUAAGGAAGAGAAAAUCAAACCAGAUGCCAAUGGUGCUGUGGUCAAGACCAAUGCUAAUGCAGAGAAGGCAGAUGAAGAAGAGAAAGAGGACAGAGCCGCCCAGUCCUUACUCAACAAGCUGAUCAGAAGCAACCUUGUCGAUAACACCAACCAAGUGGAAGUCCUGCAGCGGGAUCCAAACUCCCCGCUCUACUCGGUGAAGUCCUUCGAGGAGCUUCGGCUGAAACCACAGCUUCUCCAGGGAGUUUACGCCAUGGGCUUCAACCGUCCAUCGAAGAUACAAGAGAAUGCAUUGCCUUUAAUGCUUGCUGAGCCCCCACAGAACUUAAUAGCCCAGUCUCAGUCUGGUACUGGUAAAACAGCUGCCUUUGUGUUGGCCAUGCUCAGCCAAGUAGAACCUGCAAACAGAUACCCCCAGUGUCUGUGCCUCUCCCCAACUUAUGAGCUCGCUCUUCAAACGGGAAAAGUGAUUGAGCAGAUGGGCAAAUUUUACCCUGAACUGAAGCUAGCUUAUGCUGUUCGUGGCAAUAAAUUGGAAAGAGGUCAGAAGAUCAGUGAGCACAUUGUCAUUGGCACCCCUGGGACCGUUCUGGACUGGUGCUCCAAGCUCAAGUUCAUUGACCCCAAGAAGAUCAAGGUGUUUGUUCUGGAUGAGGCUGACGUGAUGAUAGCUACUCAGGGCCACCAAGAUCAGAGCAUCCGCAUCCAGAGGAUGCUUCCCAGGAACUGCCAGAUGCUGCUUUUCUCUGCCACCUUCGAAGACUCUGUCUGGAAAUUUGCCCAGAAGGUGGUCCCAGACCCAAACAUCAUCAAACUGAAGCGCGAGGAGGAGACCCUGGACACCAUCAAGCAGUAUUACGUCCUGUGCAAUAGCAGAGAUGAGAAGUUCCAGGCCUUGUGUAACAUCUACGGGGCCAUCACCAUCGCUCAAGCCAUGAUCUUCUGCCAUACCCGCAAAACAGCUAGUUGGCUGGCAGCAGAGCUCUCAAAAGAAGGCCACCAGGUGGCUCUGCUGAGUGGUGAAAUGGUGGUGGAGCAGAGGGCUGCAGUGAUUGAGCGCUUCCGAGAGGGCAAAGAGAAGGUUCUGGUCACCACCAACGUGUGUGCCCGCGGUAUCGAUGUGGAGCAGGUGUCUGUCGUCAUCAACUUUGACCUUCCCGUGGACAAGGAUGGGAACCCGGACAACGAGACCUACCUGCACCGGAUCGGGCGCACCGGCCGCUUUGGCAAGAGGGGCCUGGCCGUGAACAUGGUGGACAGCAAGCACAGCAUGAACAUCCUGAACAGAAUCCAGGAGCACUUCAAGAAGAAAAUAGAAAGACUGGACACAGAUGACUUGGACGAGAUUGAGAAAAUAGCCAACUGAGAAGCUCCUGCAGUCACUGGUGCCACCCUUGGUGCUCCCCCUGCACGGGACACUAGUGCUUUCACGGCACAGGCCUCAACAGUCAACACAAGGAUGAAGGCACGAGUAGAGAGAAACUACCUACCUCAUUUUAAAUUACGUUUGGACUUGACAAAAAUUGUACAAGUGAUGGGGGAAGGUAGAAAAAAAUUGUUUACACAACUUUUGAAGAUUAGGCAUGAAUACACAGAAAUUUACCUUUUGGAAA